CUCGCAUUUGUUUCCCGCUAGACGCUUUUAAACUGCCGCCUCAUUAUUUUGGAUUUCGUGGCUUUUAUUUCCAAUUUGUGGUUCCUCGCCCCCCCACCCCACCCUUGUCCCCCUCCCUCGGAGAUGAUGACCCCCCCCCCCUUCAUCGUGGCGUCUCCUUUGUGCGCGUCUAUCAGCUCAAAUAUUUGCGAUGCGUAAUAAACGUGCCUUGAUCAGGCUCAAAAUGUACUUUGAUAGAGAAACACUGCACCGCGAUGGCUGAUAAGUGUGUGUGUGUGGGGGGGGGGGUCGCGUCUUGAGAGCCACAAUGUAAUUAGUAACUAGCCCCCCCCCCAGCCCACCCUCCCCAUCUUUGAUGUGCACCCAUCAAUACUGUCAGGACCUAUUGAUUGGAUUCCAGCGCGGGGGAAAAAUUCGAUUAAUAAAAAAAAAAGAAGAAAAAUGAAGUUAGAAUUCGUGUGAGAGUAUAUAUAUAAAAAAUACACGAGUGGGCAAGUAAGCGGGAAAUAUUUUUUAAUAAAAUGUCAAAAGUGUCAAAUCAAAUGUUGCAUGUGCGAAAUUUUAUUUUAGGCCUUUGAACGCGUGAAGAAAGUCAGUGAAAAAUUGAGCCGAAAUUAAGGGGCCAAACAUUUUAACGAUUGAUUAAAAUGAUAUUCAAAAAUUUAAAUGGGUAUUCAAACGAUUUUUCUUUUCAAUCCAUAAAUGAAAAUGUGAAUUAAAAAAAAGAGGAAUACGUUCGUACAAAAAGGAAAAGAAAAAAAACGACUUGGGGGGGGGGGCUAACGUUAACGAGAAAAUGGAGUUUAAAAUAAUGAAUUUAAUGCUAUUAAUUAAAUAAAUAAUAAUUAAGUCAUGACUAAUCUCCCCCCCCCAAAAAAAAAAAAAAAAAAAAAAGUGAACGAGCGGUCGUAAUGGUGCACUUAAUAAAAUGAACUAAUUGAAUGACGCUCCCGUGUUGCGUUUGGAAUUUGGAGAGAGUUUCGUGCCGCAGCCGCGGGGGUGGUGGUGGUGGUGGUUGGGGGGGGGGGGGCGGGGGGUUUAUCAGGGCCGUACCUGGGAUCGACACCCUCGGUCCCCUGCGCUGAUUGGCCGAGCCCCCGAAUAAAUCGGUGCCCUCGCUUCGGGGGUGCCCUGACAGCGACCCCCCCCCCCAACCCCCGGCCCGACAUGCACCACUUCGCCGCGGAUCCGCCGUGCUCGGGCCCCUCCAGCCCGGACUCCAACAGCGGGGGGGCCGCGGGCGUAAAGUGCGGAGGGGGCCCGCGGGUGCGGAGGCCGCUGAACGCCUUCAUCAUCUGGACCAAAGAGGAGCGGAGGCGCCUGGCCCUGCUCAACCCGGACCUGGAGAACACCGACCUCAGCAAGAUACUCGGGAAAACGUGGAAAUCUAUGUCUCUGGCCGACAAGCGUCCGUACAUGCAGGAGGCCGAGCGCCUGCGGGUUCAGCACACCAUCGACUACCCCGACUACAAGUACCGCCCUCGCCGCAGGAAGCAGCUGAAGAAGAGCGCCAAGAUGGCCGCCGCGGCGGCGGACCCCCCGCCGCCCUCCUGCCCCGCCGCCGCCGCCGCCGGCUUCAACCUGACCUACAACCUGACCUGCCUGCUCCAGAACCAGCAGAACCAAUUCCACACCAGCUUCCCGGCCAACUAUCCGGCGACCCCGUUUUGUCAGGAGACCCCCGCGCCGGACGCGUUCUGGGUUCCGGACCCGACCGAGCCUCACCUGCGCUACGCGGAGCGGGCCGAGUCCAGGUUCUUCCCGGGACCCUCGCUGGAGUUCUACCUGGAGCGGGUCCAGCUGGACACGCUGUACGAUCUGGACCGCAGCGAGUUCGAACAGUACCUGGGCCCGCCCGGACCCCGCGGAGCCGAGGCGGCGGCGGAUCCGGGCUGCUACCGCAGAGAACAACGCUCGCUGUCCUGA